ACUAUGUGUGAGUGACGUUUGCGGUACCAGGAGAUAGAGUUAGAGUGAGACCUCUUACUUUCUCGAAGCUAAAGGGCAUCCAGCCCGAGGUCUAGCAGCACUGCAUCGCCUCCCACUGAGCUUCGGUUCUCACUUUUUCUACACUACCGUCUGCAAGCAGCACCAUGUUGGCCGUCAGAAACGCUCUCCGUCUCGGCUCCAGGUUAACCGUCUCCGCGGUGGCGAGGAGAGGAUGUGCCGGAGCUCCCAUCCCGGUGGACGACGUGGUGAACGGACUCACCGACGACCAGAUACAGCUAAGACAGACGGUCCGUAAAUUCUUCGCAGAAAAGCUUGCACCUUAUGCUGAUGAGAUCGACAGGCAAAAUGAUUUUUCACAAUUGCGGAAAUUUUUCAAAGAAAUGGGUGAUAUGGGACUCCUUGGCAUCACAGCUCCAGUGGAAUGUGGGGGCACGGGGUUGGGCUACCUGGACCACUGCAUUGUGCUGGAGGAAAUGUCACGAGUGUCAGCAGCCAUUGCUCUCAGUUACGGCGCCCACUCUAACCUGUGCGUCAACCAGAUGGUACGCCACGCCAAUGAGAAACAGACGGAGAAGUACUUGCCAAAGUUACUGACCGGCGAGCACAUCGGAGCUUUGGCGAUGAGUGAGCCCAAUGCUGGCUCUGAUGUUGUGUCCAUGAAACUCAAAGCCAGGAGGGACGGAAACUCCUAUAUUCUGAAUGGCAACAAGUUCUGGAUCACAAAUGGCCCAGAUGCUGACGUCCUCAUUGUGUAUGCAAAGACAGAUCCUGAGGCCCAUCAGAGAGGCAUCUCAGCUUUCAUUGUUGAAAAGGGAAUGCCAGGAUUCUCUACCGCGCAGAAGCUCGACAAACUCGGCAUGAGGGGAUCCAACACCUGCGAGCUGAUCUUUGAAGACUGCAAAAUCCCAGCGGAGAACAUUCUGGGUCCUUUGAACAAAGGUGUAUAUGUGAUGAUGAGUGGAUUAGAUCUGGAGAGGCUGGUGCUUGCAGCUGGACCUGUUGGCAUCAUGCAGGCUGUCAUGGACGCUGCCGUUCCUUACGUCCACGUCAGAGAAGCUUUCGGACAAAAGAUUGGACACUUUCAGCUGAUGCAAGGCAAGAUGGCCGACAUGUACACCAGGCUGAGCUCCUGCCGACAGUAUCUGUACAACGUUGCCCGGGCUUGUGACAAAGGACACUUCAGUUCAAUGGACUGUGCUGGAGUGAUCCUGCAUUGUGCUGAGAACGCCACUCAGGUUGCUUUGGAUGGAAUUCAGUGUUUGGGUGGAAACGGCUACAUCAACGACUACCCGAUGGGGAGAUAUCUGCGGGAUGCAAAGCUGUUUGAAAUCGGUGCUGGCACAAGUGAAGUUCGCCGACUCAUCAUUGGUCGAAGCUUCAACGCCAUGUACAAAUAGACAGAACUGAGAAAUGGCAAUCACUAAACACUGACUGAGUGGUUUGCCGUGGAUGAAGACAGUGACUCACACCCAGGACCUUACUGUAUGAGCUGAGGUUUUCACGUGUUUCAGAAUUAAUGUCACCGGGAGAUUUUGAGACAUUAGAACCUGACCGACAACAAGCAAAACAAAUUAAGCGUUGAUUUACUCUUUUGGGUGGCCUUGAUGAGAUUUUGUGCUAUUUUUUCCUAUUAGGCUAGCUGUAGUCUCACUUACGGUUGCUUAAUAACCACUGAAAUGCCAGUAAUGCAAUAAAUAAUUUGUGUAAUAAAUGGGCAGAGUGAUGGACGUCCUCUCAAACACUCCCACCAGAGCCACAGAACAGCUGCUUCAUGCCGAAUAUCGAGCACGAAGAAUCUCAGAGGAGCUCCAGCCGUUAUCACUACAGCCAACACAUACACCUCAUGAUUUUUCUACUCAUCUGUCUCCUGUAAAUGUAUAGUUUUCAUCUAGAAAUAUGAGGGUUUUUUUAUGUAACUGCAAUUCAAAUCUUCCUGAAGUCUCUUUUGUGAUUUUAAUGUGAAAUGAUGCAAGAGCAAAAACAGCAGAUGUCUGUGAGCGUUCAGUUUUUAGCAUUAGAAUAAACAUGUAGAAUUUCUGGGAGCAAAGGUCGAUGUUUGAAACUGUCAAAGUCAGUGUCUGGAGAAAUCCUCCUCUGUGAGAUUUGUUUGUCGUCUCCUCUGCAAACAACUUUGAGUAUCAGUGUGUAGAUGUACAGUAUGAAAAUUCAUUAAAUAUCAUAGUUUGCAAUAAAAAAAAAGAAAACUUA